AUGGUCCUUAAUGUCAAUGAUUUUGGUGCUAAAGGAGACGGAAUCGCAGACGACAAAAGGGUUUUUGAAGACGUGUGGAAGGUGGCAUGUUCUUCAUCAUUGCCAGCAAAAAUUGAUAUUCCUGCAGGAAGCUCCUAUCUUGUGAGACCAACUGACUUUGCUGGGCCCUGCAAGUCGAAUAUAACCUUGAGGAUAACUGGGACAGUUGUUGCACCACGAGAUCCUACCGUCUGGGAUGGUUUAGAUGUGCACAAGUGGCUCUAUUUCCAUGGAGUACAGAACCUCACUGUAGAAGGAGGUGGAGUAAUUGACGGGAUGGGCCAAAAAUGGUGGGACCAGUCGUGUAAGAGGAACGAAUCAAAUGUACUUCAUUCCGCUGUUACUUUCCACAAGUGCAAGAGGUUGAAACUGAGGGAUGUUUCCUUGGUGAACGGUCAACAGAUGCAUGUGGCCUUUACUAACUGCAUGCAUGUUUCUGUUUCGGGUCUCACAGUUAGGGCACCUGGUAAUAGCCCUAACACGGAUGGGGUCCACAUAAGCACGUCUUCACAUGUUGAACUCAAGGAUGCUGUUAUCGGCACAGGAGAUGACUGCAUAUCCAUUGUCAGCAAUUCUUCGCGAAUUCGUAUAAAGAAUAUCGUCUGUGGCCCUGGCCAUGGUAUUAGCAUUGGCAGUUUGGGAAAAAACAAUUCAUAUGCUUCUGUGAAAGACGUCAUUGUGGAUGGGGCAGUGUUGUUUGAUACUGAGAAUGGUGUCAGGAUCAAAACAUGGCAGGGAGGCAGUGGUUUUGUAAGGAAAGUUACUUUUCAGGACAUAUGGAUGUACAAUGUUUCCAAUCCCAUAAUAAUAGAUCAAUAUUACUGUGACUCUCGGCUGCCUUGCCUGAACCAGACAUCUGCCGUCAGCAUUGACAGCAUUGCAUUCCGAGGAAUCAUCGGUACAUCUGCAACUGAGGAGGCCAUCGAGUUUUCAUGUAGCGAGAGCAGCCCAUGUAAAAAGCUAUAUUUAGAAGAUAUUCAACUCAUAUCUCUGUCUGGGAUUGUAAAGUCAUUUUGCUGGGAAGCGUACGGCACAAGCUCGGGUCUCAUAGUUCCGCCUUCUUGCAUUUCAUCCGAAGAAAAAUUAUCAUUCGACAAAAGUAAGGGCAGUCCAAACUCGACAAGCUUGUGGAAUGAUAUAUGA